AUGGUGAAGCACCCCAACAUCCUGCAGCUGGUCAAUGUGUUUGAGACACAGGAAUAUUUUAUCUUCCUGGAGCUAGCUUCAGGCCAGGAAGUGUUUGACUGGAUCCUGGAUCAAGGUUAUUACUCAGAGAAGGAUACAGGUGACGUCAUCCGGCAGGUCCUGGAGGCUGUGGCCUAUCUUAACUCACUGUGUAUUGUACACAGGAACCUCAAGUUGGAGAACUUCUUGUAUUAUAACCGUUUGAAGAAUUCCAAAAUAGUCAUCAGUGACUUUCAUUUGGCUAAAUUGGAGACAAGCCUCAUCAAAGAGCCUUGUGGCACACCUGAGUACCUGGACCCAGAGGUAGUCGCACUCCAGCGAUAUGGUCGGCCUGUGGAAUGCAGGGCCAUCGGAGUUAUUUUGUACAUACUCUCUGGGAACUCUCCAUUCUACAAUGAGAUGGAGGAGCAAGAUUACGAAAAUUAUGACAAGAACCUGUUCCGGAAGAUUCUACAUGGCGAUUACAAGUUUGACUCUCAAUAUCGGGAUGAUAUUUCUCUAGCAGCCAAAGAUUUGGUGUCCCGUCUGAUGGAGGUGGACCAGGACCAGAGGGUGACAGCAGUGGACACCAUUAGCCAUGAAUGGAUUUCAGGGAAUGCGGCAUCCGAUAAAAACAUCAAGGGCGGAGUGUGUGCGCAGAUUGAGAAGAACUUUGCAAAAGCCAAAAUGGAAGAAAGCUAUGUGGGCGACCACAAUGAUGAUGAAGCGCCUGAGGGCACCAGAACAGACCAAGACCUCAUCUCCAUCUAUGGGCAGAGAGCGGACGCCAGGUCUGACUACCCCUGCAAUGUCACCUGCCAGCACCACAGCUUUAGAAGAGCCAUCCCCGCUCAGCCCCUCGAUGUUUGA